CCUGGACAGAACCUUCCAUGCUCUGAGCCAUCCAGCCGCAGGCCUGUGUGCCCUGGCUGACCACGUGCCCCAUCGACCCACGGGUCCCAGCUGGGGUCUCUCUGGAGUCUGGCUCCCAGGCCUCUCCCUGGAGCCCCAGCCAGCCGCUUGGGGUCUCUGCUGGACCUGCGGGGUCCGGGGAGGAGUGCUGGGCUUCCCCUGAGAACCGUGUGCCCUCAGCCUGGGCAGAGGCAGUGGUCAGACCCUCUGUCCGGGCCCUGGUGGCCCCGGCACCUGCAGGUCCAAGUUCCUGAGCGACAAGUGGAUGCUGCAGAAGGGCUUCCUGAAUGAGGAGGACGUCCUGACGAAGAAGCCAUGGUGGUGGCACCUCAGAGUCCAGGAGCUGAGCCUGCCAAUUCCGCUGACAGUGCUGCCCACGGUCACCUGUGAGCACACCAUGGAGAUCCUCCGCGAGAAGGGCUUCGACCAGGCACCCGUGGUCGAUGAAUCGGGGGUGAUCCUGGGGAUGGUGACUCUUGGGAACAUGCUGUCGUCCCUGCUCGCUGGGAAGAUUCGGCCAUCGGACGAGGUCCGCAAAAUCAUCUAUAAGCAGUUCCAACAGGUACGGGCUCCGUUCCACUCGAGCCGUGGGCGCCUGAGAUCCGGCUCUGUCCUCGAAGGCACGGCGCAGCACUUCCCAUGCGAGGGGGCCGUGUCCCCAGCCUUCAGCACCAUGUGGGGUGUCAGCAGGCUGAUGCUGGCUACACCUCCAUCAAACCCAUAAAUCUGAGGACUCGCCCCUACUUUGCAAAUGGAGCCGCUCAGGUGGGGAGGGGCUCUCAUGGGGGGCUCACCAGCGUCCACUGUGUUUCUGCAAUCCCUGGGGGUCAUUAGCAAACCCAGCCCGGGGACCAUCCUCUCAGCCAUGUGGGGCAUCAGCCAGCGUGAUUGUUUCCAUAACGCUUGGCCCUAAUUUUUCCAGGGCAUGCGUUCAUUUAAGAAUACCUGGCGUGCCUAAUUAUUUAGUAAGAACGAGAAUGUUCCGGAAAUACGGGUGUCACCCCUUGCUGUGUCAGGGCUGGUCAGACCACCUGGUCAUCCUGAGACAACGGUGGCCACCCUCUGAUGGGCCUGAGCAGAACCACCUGGACGCUGAUCUUGGUGUCCCUGAGGGUGGGGGAGUCAGGACACUCUCCCAGUGGCACCUGACAUUUCAUAACCAUAUUCCCCUCCCACCUGCCAGUGAGCAGCAUUGGCAGCUUGUUGGCUGUUUGGGGUGUUUUAGGUCUUAUUUUGGCUUUGUGUGUGUGUGUGUGUGUGUGAGGAAGACUGUCACUGAACUAACAUCUGUGCCAUCUUCCGCUCUUUUGUAUGUGGGGUGCCACCACAGCAUGGCUGAUGAGCAGUGUGCAGGUCUGUGCCCGGGAUCUGAACCUGUGAACCCCGGGCCGCUCAAGCAGAGUGUGUGAACUAAGCACUUGGCCACUGGGCCAGGCCCUUGUUGGCUGUUUCAUAUCAGGAAGGCUAAGGAGUUGAGCCCAAAUCUGGGAAGGAAUUUGGUUUUCCUCAUUCCCCGUCACACCCACAGCUGACAUGUCACCAGAAUCCAUGUAUUUCUCACCAUCUCCA